UCAUAAACUCGUGUUGUAUUUGACACGCGCUUUGACACAAGUUUAUUUACCAAAAUAUAUAAAAACUUUAAUUUUUUAGAGUAUAACUAUUUUGAAGCUUCUAAUUCCAAACCACAAAAUAAAAUCACUUGGCGAUGGCCGGCGUUUUGUUUGAGGAUAUCUUCAAUGUAAAAGAUAUGGACCCGGAGGGCAAAAAAUUCGAUCGUGUUUCCAGAUUACAUUGCGAAUCAGAAUCUUUUAAAAUGGACUUGAUUUUAGAUAUUAACUCUUGGUUGUAUCCCAUGGAGUUGGGAGACAAAUUUCGUUUGGUUUUGGCAACCACGUUGCGCGAGGACGGCUGUCCAGAUACCGGUGAAUAUAAUCCACUCGAUCAGGAGGGCACAAGAGCUGACAGCUUUGAAUAUGUGAUGUUUGGUAAAAUCUACCGCAUAGAAGGCGAUGAGGCCCAUAAUGAAGCAUCCUCUCGACUUUCUGCCUAUGUGUCUUUUGGUGGCCUGCUAAUGCGACUGCAGGGCGAUGCCAACAACUUGCAUGGAUUCGAGGUCGAUCAACAAAUGUAUUUAUUAAUGAAAAAAUUAGCUUUUUAAUAUUUAGUGUUUAGCAAUAUAAAUAGUAGGGGGUAAAGAAUAAUCAUAUUUUUUCUUUUUAAAUAAAAAUUAUUUUGUAUUACAAUA